AUGGUCUCGAAGAUUGCAGUUGUGGGCUCAGUGAACGGCCAAGUUUCUACAGUCUUUGAGAAACUAUCAGCAUUGCACGCUAAAAAUGCCUUUGCCUUUGCCAUAAUCAGCGGCGACUUAUUCGCGGACCCGAUCAAUGCCAGUCCUGAGGAGGAAAGCCAGUUGAAAGAUCUGCUCGAUGGGAAAAUCCAAAUAGCCUUGCCGGUCUAUUUUGCUCUUGGCAAACGCGAACUACCCAUCGAAGUACAGGAGAAACUGAGCGCCAACGCAGGCGAGCUAUGUUCGAAUCUCUACUUCCUCGGCAGGCGGACUACCGUCAAGACAUCUGAAGGCGUCAAGAUUGUCGCCCUUGGUGGGGCCCAUAUGGAUGCUGUUUCAGACAAAGCCUUGAUCACUGAAUACAGUCCAAGUCACACACCAGAAGACGUCAAGGUUCUGAGAGGUGCUAACACUGCCGAUAUCCUGGUGACCAGCGAGUGGCCUGCUGAGAUCCGCACUGGUUCAAAUGCAACUUAUACUGGAGACGAGCCCAUUUCGCAGCAAGGCGUUGCAGACCUUUGUACUGUUCUAAAACCCCGUUACCACUUCUCCUACUCAGAUGGUUUCCUGGAACGCGAACCUUUCUUCCAUGCUCAGGGUGAAGAUGACAGCGGUUAUCAAGUGACUCGUUUUAUCAGUUUGGCGCCGUUCGGAAACGCUGCUAAGCAGAAGUGGAUAUAUGCCUUCACGCUGGACACCUCGGUAGCGCCUACUGCAACUGUACCAUCGGGAGUUACAGCAUCCCCAUUGCAGUUCGCUGCAAAAAAGCGCAAAGCUGUUGAGUCCCAAGCUCAGUCAUUCUCCCGCUUCUCUGGCAGUGGUGAUGGUGGUGGUAGGCAAAGAGGUCGCAACAAGCGCCCUCGACCGAACCCAAACCCAUCAGAAUGCUUCUUCUGCUUGUCUAACCCCAACAUUGCAUCACAUCUUAUCUCUUCAAUUGGAGACAGCGCCUACCUGACGACAGCAAAGGGACCGCUCCCAACUCCCAAGACUUUCCCAUCCCUAGGAUUCCCGGGACAUAUGCUGAUCAUUCCUCUUGAGCACUCACCUACGCUUGCCUCAAUACAGAAUCAGGAAUCCAGGAAGACCACUAUCGCAGAGAUGCAUCGCUAUCGACUUGCAUUGCAGAGCAUGCUGACCAAAAGAUCAGAGGAUGCUGCUGAAGCACACAAGCUUGGUGCGGUCACUUGGGAGAUCAGCCGUAUAGGUGGUAUACACAUCCAUUGGCAAUUUAUGCCGGUGCCUCGGGACCUCAUCCGCAAAGGAUUGGUGGAAGCAGGUUUCAAAGUCGAAGCCGAAAAUCAAAGCUACCCAGCAUUCGAGUCAUCGAGUGUUUCGACUGACGUAGCAUCAGAGGGUGACUGUUUCAAGGCUACCAUCUGGGAUGGAGCAGAAGAGAAGACCAUGGUCCUUCCGCUAGACUCAUCAUUCAGAUUCGACCUACAGUUCGGACGAAGAGUCCUGGCUAAAUUGCUAGGUCUUGAGGGUCGAUCGCACUGGCAGGACUGCGACCAGAGCGAAGCAGAGGAAAUGACAGACGUCGAGAGUUUCAAGGCGGCAUUCGCUCCAUUUGACUUCUCGCUCGAAUAA